UGCGGGCCACCAACCACCCCAGGAUACAGCAUUUUUUACACAGACAACUUCUGAAGACACUGCCGCCCAGCCGAGGCAAAACAACGCAGGGGUCGCAAGCCGGCAGCAACCCACAGCUGUUGUCUAGUCGUCCCGCGCUCAUUGCAGUUCCCCCGAUGAUGGUCGUCCCGCGCCCCCUCCUCGCCGUCCUCCUCAUCGGCCUCGGCCUCCAUGUCCACGGCGCCGACGCUCUCUCAGGGUACCAGAUAAACUGCGGCGCGGGGGGCGAGCGCGCGGCCGGCAACGUGACAUGGGUCACGGACGGGCCGUACGUCCGCGCCGGCAACGCCACCGGCGUCCCGUCCCCGCCGGGCGGCGGGAUGCCACCGAUGCUCUCCUCGCUCCGCUACUUCCCGGACGCGUCCGCCAGGAAGCACUGCUACGUGCUCCCCGCGGACAGGAAGGCCAAGUACCUGGUCCGCACCACGUACUACUACGGCGGGUUCGACGGCGGCGAGGUGCCGCCCGUGUUCGACCAGAUCAUCGAGGGCACGCGGUGGAGCGAGGUGGACACGGCGGCCGACUACGCCCGGGGCCGCGCCACCUACUUCGAGGCCGUCGUGCGCGCCACCGGCCGCCAGGUCAGCGUCUGCCUGGCCAGGAACGUGGGCACCAGGCCCACGUCCAGCCCCUUCAUCUCCGCGCUCGAGGUCGUGCCGCUCGACGACUCGGUGUACAACUCCACCGACUUCUCCUCCUACGCCCUCAGCACCAUCGCUCGCCACAGCUUCGGCCACGACGCCUCCGUCGUCAGCCAUACAGGGGAUCAGUUCAACCGGUACUGGGAGCCGUACAGCGAUGGCGGCCCGGUGGUGGAGAGCCAGGGGAGCGUGGCGACGGCGGCGUUCUGGAACAAGCCACCGGAGGACGUGUUCCGGCGAGGAGUGACGGCCAGCCGCGGGGAUGCCCUCGAGCUCCACUGGCCGCCGGCGCCGCUGCCCGAGGCGAGCUACUACCUGGCGCUCUACUUCCAGGACAACCGGACGCCUAGCCCCCUGAGCUGGAGAGUCUUCGACGUCGCCAUCAACGGCCAGGCCUUCUUCGCCGGGCUAAAUGUCUCGACGGCGGGAUCAAUGCUGUACGGAGCCGCGUGGCCGCUCUCCGGGCAGACGAGGAUCACGCUGACGCCCGCCCCCGGGUCGCCGGUCGGGCCGGUGAUCAACGCGGCGGAGGUCAUGAUGGUUGUUCCGCUCGGGGGGAGGACCCAUCCUAGAGAUGUGAUCGGCAUGGAGGGGCUCGCGAGAGGCUUCGCCAGCCCGCCAUCGGACUGGAGCGGCGACCCUUGCUUGCCCGUGGGGAACUCAUGGACCGGUGUUUCCUGCAGCCAAGGUCUACUUGCUCGAGUAACUGCACUCAACCUCACCAAUUUCAGUGUUGGAGGGUCGAUAUCUGACAACAUUGCUAAUCUGACUGCAAUAUCGAGCGUCUGGCUUGCGGGGAACAAUCUGACAGGGCCUAUUCCAGUUAUGAGCGCCCUGCAUCAUUUGUCAUCUCUGCACCUGGAGGAUAACCAGUUGUCAGGGCCGAUUCCUCCGUCGCUGGGAGACCUUCCAAGGCUUCAGGAACUGUUUGUGCAGAAUAACAAUUUACAGGGCAGCAUUCCAAUCGGCCUCAAUAGAACGAGCAUUACAUUCAAGUAUACACCUGGGAAUAACCUUAACCAACAAUAAUGUCAUGAGGAAACGAACAGCAUAUGUUCAUGGGAUAGUGAGAAGCCAUCGACAAACAAGAUUGUGAGAACGAGGACUGGGCAUGCAUAUAUAACUGGCAGACAAUAUUUCCCUUUUGGUAUUGCCAAUGUUUUUGUUCUUCCUUUUUAUUCUCUUUUUGGGAGACAAAGGUGUUACUAUUGUAUAUGCAAAUGUACACUAUGAACUGCAUCGACGCUUGAUUCCAUUUAUUUAUGUGUAUAUGUAUAUAUGUAAAAUUUGUUAGAGAGGCAAUCUGGAAGAUAAUUAGGGUA